GGCGGCGGGGAGGUGAUGGGGUUAUCGCCCGGCCCGACGGGGCGCGGCCGCCUGUCAGCCGCCCGGGACAGCUGAGCCGGGGGGGCACGGCCGGGGAGCGAGCGAACCCCGUGCCGCUGCAGAAAGUCCCGGUGCCCUCAAGUACCGGCAUUUCUUCAAAGGGCCGGCUCAGCUGCAGGGCUAAUCCAUACCCCGGUGUGGGUUUAAGCCUGCUGUGCCAGUUUAGAGGGCUUGACUCCAAGCCGCGUCCUCCUCCUGGUACCCUCUCCGCUCGCCCCGGGUCCGUCUGUCCGCACAAGCAGCGGGAGCGCUGGUGCCAAAGCAAAGACACACAGAGCAUUAUGUCAUUGGCAUCCUGGUUCAGGUGGAAUGAGCCCCCAAACCGCAUUUCCCAGAGGAGCCCCACGGAAAUGGUGGUCGAAACGCUGAUGAUGGAGCUGAGCUGGCAGAUCAAGCAGGCAGAGAAGCAGCAGCGAGAGCGGGAGAACGAGUACCGCAAGAUCAAGACGGGGGUGGACUACGGCUGGCUGGUCAGCUACCCAAAGCAGAGCUAUGACAUCAGCCCCGGAGAACGGCUGCAGCUGGAGGACAUGUGCACCAAAAUACAUCCUUCCUACUGUGGGCCUGUCAUACUCAGGUUCAGGCAAGUUGUUGCGGAGUAUGAACCAGAAGCGCAGGAAGUAUCCCGGCUCUUCCGCUCCGUCCUGCAGGAAGCUGCUGAGAAGAUCAAAGAGGAGGAAGAGGCCAAGAAGCUUGCAAAGCAAUGGAACACAAAGAACAGAACCAGCCUCUCCUUAACAACAUUUAAAUCUCGGUCCAGGAUUUCCCCAUUCAUCAGUGACAUCAAGACCAUCUCUGAGGAUGUGGAACGGGGCACCCAGCCCAACAGGAGGAUUUGGAGCAUGCCAGAAUUUCGGAACACCAAGGAUUUCUGACUCUAUGCUGAAUAAGGUUUUUAGACACUGAUCUUUCAAAAUCCCAGUUAACCCUUUUUAAACUCUACUGUUUCUUCUUUUUUCCGUCUCUCUUUCCCUGCCUGUCUCUGUCUUGGAAGCUGUGUCUGUAGUAAGCGCUGCUGCUGCCUGCAGUCCGUGUCACCAUUUAUUACCAAACAUGGUAGCCUUUCCUUUAACUCAGUAGCUAUUCAGUAACCUUAAGGGCAAGGCUCACUUACUAUCUCAUUUUUAUUACUGCUUUCUUGUGGAAAAUGAAUUAGUUUUGCUAUGUCUGUCUUCUCCCUUUCCCCUCCAGCCUGGAUGUAGUUAUCUAUAAAAACUUCUGGCUCAAGCUACUGAGAGCUGCUGGCUGGACCAAUCUUGCUGAAAGCAAGACAGCCACUUAAAUGAGUGAGGCUUGCAGGAUCAGGCUUGUGAGUUAAAGCUAGUAUCUGAUUUGGAACUGAACUUCCUUUUCCAACUAACAGCCCUCCUCAGUGCUACAACAAACUUCACAGGUAACCUCAGCACUGCUCUUGAUCCGCUUUUUUGCUGACAGUUCACAAUCCAACCUGAGUAGAAACAGACCCAAGUUUUUUGAGAUUAAAGACCAAUCAUGUUCCACAAGCACCAGUUUGUGCUUGUUCAAGUUUCUUGGAUACUUUCUCUUUUGUGCAGGAAGAACCCCCUGAACCUUGCACCUGCAGAGUAGAUGGAAAUUUAUCAACCUGCUGUGUAGAUACACAGGUGGAUACCUCAGUGCUGUGUCAAGUGCUGAUCUGGGGCCUCAGCGCUCAGUGUUGCUAAGUGCACCACCCUACACCCCAGAAAUAAAUCCGUGGAUUGAAAUUAAUGUUUAUGGCCAAGCCUGAAAGAGGGCUGAAGUAGAAUAUCCCUGUAAAGGGAAGGGUGAAGGGACUCAGCAUUCAUCUCCAGGGCUCUCUGUACAGUGGAAACUGUUGAGAUCAUCUGAACCUGUGAGCGGCUCAUGUGCUCUGGCAGAUGAGGGUUCUUCUGAGACCUUGAAGAGAUGGAAAAAUGCCACUAAGGAAAAGCUGCUAAGGCCCUAACUCAGCAUCUGUAGGGAGAGCUCUCACCAGCAAAGGGAACAGUGAGAAGUCAAGUGUCCUGCGGAGAACCCAAAGGCUAGGAUGCUUUGUGGUGACCAAUGGGAGAUGGGGAACGAAGAGAGGGAUUUGCCUGUAUGCCUGGCUUUUGGGGAAUCAUCUCAGUGGGGUACAGCCUCCUGGAGGACCCUGUAGCUUUGUUGUUCUUUUGUCCGUUUCCAGCUAUUUUUCCCUGGGGAUCUUUGCAACAGCAUGUGGGUUCUACAGCCAAGAUUAAAACCCUUUGAAGCUGUGCCAACUCUGGGAAGAAUUCCAGUGCAUGAAAUCUAUCCUAGAGCAGAAAUGUGUGGUUUCUUCCAAAGAUGGAGGAAGGCAGCUUAAAACAAAGAUCAAGAUCAAACCCCUAAGAGCUCUCUGGGACUGGGAUUCUGAUUCUUACUCUCUCCCCUCUGGGCUAUGUAAGAUUGAAGACAAGGCUUUCUUACUAGCACCAGGCUGCAGUUUCUAUCCCUUGAUAAACUUUGCUGCCAGCAACCCUCCUAGGGACAGAAAGCAGUUCACUUUUAAUCAAGAAGUCAGGGCUUCCACAUACAGCAUCCAGUUUGGGACACACUGUUUCAACUCUAGGUCAGUGAGGGAGAGUUUAAAGCCUUCUGACAAUCAGCUUAGUGUUUUUCAGCCAUAUGUCCUUGUGAAGUAAUGUGAUUGUGUAUAUGAAGUAAGAACCAAGGCUUAGCUAUCUAGAAGGUGUAGGAUCUCUAGCAUGGGGUCACCACAAUUCGCAGAAACAAUUCUUGUUUGGAAAAGAGUCAGCCAUAUUUUUUUAAUAUAGUUGCGAGCCGCUGUAUGGUACUGAAGACUGAGACGGGUUCAUGAAUUUCAUGCUGCAGCUCUGUAUUCAUUUUAUUUGCACUUGUGUUCUUCAGUAUUGACUGCAUCGAUGCAAUGUUUGAUGGGCUGCCGGGAGACACGGGACGUUGCGACACGCUGCCACAAAGCUCUUUGUUACAGCACAGUGUCAGUAGAGCGCUCACUCUUUCUCAAGGGGAAUCAGCAGUAAGUAACUGCCCUGCAGCAGUGUACUAAGCCAAGGCAAUCACUGAAGGGUGUUCACACUACCACAGCAGCCUGUGAUCGUGCUGUGCCCUUCAUUAACAACUUCCAGCUGGCAGACACCAUUCUCAUGCAGCAAAACCCUGCAUAUUAUGGAGGCCAGGCUGUGGCAGUGCUGGUGACAGCUGUUUCGCCUCAACUUACCUAUCAUUUCUAAUUCCGCAAUAAAACGUAAUCCAAACUCUUGAACAGUUUUACUCUCCCUGUACCACUUCUGGUAGAUACACUGGGCUCACAGUAGGAUCAAUGCUGGAGGGAUAUUCAGACACCAAGGUAGGAGAAAUCUAUUCUCACUCCAUGCUAUCUAGCACUCUUACAGGGUACAGUACAGUACCACGUUUGCCUGCAGCCAGCUGCUUGGAGACUGACUGUGAGCUGCUGCGUUGUGCAGGCAGCAGCAGGUACUGAAGCAGAGCUGGGAGGUGAUCGGGGUGCACGACUGCUGCUGCACUGCUCGUGGUCAUUUUUGUUAGAAGUGCUGCAGACUGAACCUCAAAUGAUCCUUUGGUCUCAGCAUGCAGCAACAACUAUGCACUCAUGUUUGCCUUGUCCUAAUCCCACAUUUGGCAUGGCUAAAUUAGUGUCAGUUCAAAUGAGGAGCGUAAAACUCCUGACUGUCCCCACCUACUGUGCUACAGUCUGUGGCACUGGGCACACACAGCAGGCUUACCAGGUUGUUUCUGGCUAAAACCAACCCAAAUGAUCCAUUGCAGGUGGCUCAGAAACCAGAAAUCUGGACUAAUGGUGGUCUGAAAUGAACUCUCAUGGAACUUGUGUAGUGUGAGGAUCAGGUCCUCCUUGGUAACUGUCUGACUCUAUAGCUCUGCUCCUCCUGAGCUGCAAUACUUGCUAGUGUAGAAAAACAACAAAAAAGCCUGAUGGGACCCUCUGAUCUGUUUUUAGCACCUCCUGAAAGCUCAUCCUGUGUCUUAAUUCUUUAAGGGGAAUGAAAUGUUAACUAGCAGCACAUCAUCGCUAACAAACUGAAGUGAACAGAACAAGAAUAAUUCUAAACCCUCAAACAUUCCUUCAGAACUGAGCAAGGCUUUUGGUAUCAGCUCAGAGCAUCAUUGUUGCCCCACUGCUGACAGUGUUGUGCUGCAAAGGACAUGGUCACACCCAGUAAAAAGCAGUCCUAGACUUGCUCUACCUUCACAUAAGCAAUGGCAGCAGCACAGCCACACCACUCAGCUUCCAGGGACUAGCAGUCCUUAAAGCCACUGCUCUCACAGGGAGGCUGGCCAGCCCUGCUCCUGUGGCUUCUAGAGAUGAGCCUGGCCAUGGGCUGUGUCAGCCAGAAAGGAUGUGCAGGCAGGGGCUGAGGUUCCUCACCCACAUCAGCAGAGUUCAGGCAGCUGUCAUGCCAUGGGGAAUUGGAGUAGGCUCUGAGGGAAAUACCUGUCUGCUGACACUGCACUGUUUAUACAUUUCAACACAGAACCUUGGAGAAUUAAAGCAAA